AUGUUGGACACUAUCGUCCCUGGUCUGCAGGAAAUGGGCAGGCAGGUGCUGCCCACGCUGCCCUCACUGAGCCAGGAGGAAGUCUGUAUGAUCUGGGGGCAUGUUUCAGAAUUUGUGGAACGACAGCUAACCUGCACAAGAGGGGUUCAGAUUUUAGGAUUUGGAACUUUCACUUUCACAAGACAAAAGCUUGAGGUGGGAAACAAGUUGAUUUUACUUCAGAGGCCUGUGUUUAUCAUGGCAGAGAAGCUGGUGCAGAUCCAUGGACUAAAACAAAACAAAGUAUAUUCUCCUGGUGAUAUCCCAGUUGUUCCACUUAAUUUUGUCAUGAUAUCUCUGGAAGGUCCAUUUAACAGGGAUACGGUGGAAGGAUGUGUUAAGGAGACAUUGCUUUUUUUGUCACGAUCCAUUUCCAUCAAACAGAGUAUGGAGUUUACAUUCAAAGGAAUUGGAGUCCUCACGAUUAAAGACAGCAAAGUGAAGAUGAGAUUUUAUAAGGACUUUCUUUGCACAAUGGAUGGAAGUGGGACUUUGAUGAAAGCCCUAGCAAAUAGGCCUGGCACUGUGGACUCAGUGUUGUCCAGCAGAGAGGCUUUUGGGAAGCAGCCCAGCAGUACGCUCGUAUUUCCAAGGACUGAGCACAAAGAGAUGGAGAGCAAACUGCCCAUGGAGACUAUUGCUGAAGAAGAUGGAGAGAAUAGUCAAGGGAAGAGCAAGCAGUCAGACAAAGAAGGUGCCAGAGAUAUCUUAUCACCCAAGAAACUUCAAGACAGACAAGGUAUCUCUCCUCCCAAAGUGACAAAUUCUCUGGACAAGUUUGAGCAAAGUGGGAAUAGUAAGAAGAAUGUGACCCCUGAAAACUUUUCAUCACCAGGUUGUCAGAAAAAUGACAAUGAAAUGAAGCCCAAAACAUCUCCAGCCCCUACUUGCCAGGAUCAUAAAAAGGCAGGACAGGAAAUGUGCUAUGUUUGUUUGCAACGAGCACAACGAAAUUCCCCAUUGUACUACAAUGAGGAGAGGAGGAGGAGAGAGACAGAAGAUGAGCAGCUCAUACAGCAGUACCAAAUGCUGAAAGACAAGGAGGCUUUCUUCAAACAGCAGAUGAAAAGUCUGGCGAAUAGAGAACAAAAUCAGAAAAAUGCUGCCUAUAAUCUUGGAGUUGCUGAAGCUAUAAGAAAUCACAAGAAUGAGAAACCUGAAUUUUAUAAAUCCUUCCUAUUUGAUAAACGACCCCUUAGUCCUGAGAUUAAUGCUCUUAGGCAAGAGGAAUAUUCCCAAAGUCUCCUGAGGCAAAUGAAUAACAGACGGGAAAAGGAAAUAAAUCAAAGACAAAACAGAGAGUUGAUGGACCGCCUAGAACAAGUGCAACUCACAGAGGAACUUGCUGCACAAAGAGCCAAAUUUUUAAAAGAGAAGAUGGAAGAAACACAGUGUUACAAGAGAGCUUUGGAUGCACAGAUAAAGAACAAAUCCUCUCGGUUGCCCAUGUUUGAGCCAGACUCCCUUGAGCCCAUCUUUGAUAACAGUGAGAGUCAAUUGAUGGCAGAAAAGCGAAAGCGAGAACAGAAUUGUAUGAAGCACCAGCUGGAGGCAGCUGCUGACCACAAGAGGAAAGCCAUCCUGAACCAGCUGAUCGAUCAGAGGCGGGAUCUGCAGAUGCUUCAGAGGACACACAUAGAGCACUUGGCAGACAGAAAGGCCGAGCUGGAGCGAGUGAACAGAAUCAACCAGUGCCUGCAGGAGGACUGGGAACACAGUGCUGCCAUGAAGAAGCAGCGGGACCUGGAGGAAAAGGCAUUUGAGAGGGCCUCCAACAAGCUGUUCCUCUUGGACCAGUGUGAGAAGUAUGGGCGCUGCCUGCAGUGCCAGAGGCGCACCUCCAACGUGGGCAAGAGCAAUGUGUGGCCCCUGAACAAGCUCAUGCAGGGCUCUCGGUUGCUCGUGUAG